GUUUAAUUAAAAGUUGUGAGGAUGUUUUAUCUAAACUUCAACUUGUAUUUAUGGAAAAUAGAGAAUUUCAAGUAUUAUGUAAUAAUAUUAGAAAUUUCCUUGAUACUUUAAAAACAGAAUUAAAAAGUAUCAAUAUAAAUGAACAGAAUCUAAACUUAUCUGAAAAUCAUUUGAAUACAAUCACAACUAUACGUGAAAAAUUACGCUCAUAUCAACCAAAACUUUUAGAGCUUAGCGAUAGAGCAGAUCGAAUUUGUCGAGCUUCAUCAACUGCAGCAUUAACUAUGAAUCAAAUAUUUAUGACACACUCAAGUCAAUUAGAUAUAAACGAUUCUGUAAACACAGGUGUGUUUACAGGCUACGAUCAUCAACAUCAACUUGCAACGAAUCAAAAUGAAAUCAACAAUUUACAAACAGAAACUAUUGGAUCUAAAGCUAAACGACAAUUAAAUGAAUUUAGAAAUGAGUUUAAUGAAAUCAAUCAACAAAUAACAGAAUACCAAGAAAAACUAAAUCAUAUGGUCAAUGAACAGAAAAAUUUGUCUGAAUUAUACAAUGAUUUACGCAAUUGGAUAGAUAAAACAGAGAAAAAGUUAAAUAUUUUAGAAUCAGGCAUGUUGGUAAAUCAAAAAGAGACAAAUGAACAAAAUAUAAGACCAUUAAUUCAUGAAUCUACCAAGUUUAAUGAAAACAACUGGAAUACUUAUAUUCAACAAAUAACGGUCUUAAAUAAAGAACUUAAUGAAUAUUCACAAAAAUAUGAACAAUUUUGUGAGAAUAUACCUGAUACUACUAAGAUAAAUGGCCAGACGAAUAAAUUUAAUCAACUGACCGGAAGAUUUACCGAAAUGAAAGGAAGAAUUCAGCAAUUUAUUACUUGGAUUAAUACAAUUCAACAAAACUAUUCUGCAUUUCGUGAUUCAGCACAAACAAUUGAACGAUGGAUGAAUAGUAUAAAUUUUCGUCUUAUGUCCGCUGGUAAUAAUAAUACUAAUAGUAAUCUAACAGGAAAUUUAUCUGCUUAUCAAGAUUCAACAAUUCAAAUUGAUCAAUUCAUGAAAGAAAUUAAUAAAGAAGGCAAAAAUCUUUUAGAAAAUACACAUCAAUUAAUUCAUUUACUUAUUCAUAAUAUAACUAAAGAUCAAGCAACAAUAUCAAGAACGAAUAGAAUAUGUGAAUCGAUCACAUGUCCAUAUCGUGAAAUUCCAAUUGAUCAUAGUGUAGUGGAUAAUUGGAAAUAUUUAGUGAAUAGUUCAAAUGAUGAAAAACUAUUAGAUAGAAUUAUUUUAGAUGUUUUAGAAAGAAAUAAAGAGAUUGAAAUUAAUUAUAUGAAUAUACAUUCGAAUGCACAAUCUAUCAAGAGUCGACUAGAUGACCAGUUUAAUCGUUUCAAAGCUUACAUUGAUUCAUUGAAUUCAGUCGCUACAUUUAUACUAAAUGAUUUACAGUCUUGGUGGAAACGAUUAAGUGUUAUUAGUCAGUCAUCAGUGGCAGUAGCUACAAUAACAGGAAUUACAACAACGAAUCAACUCAUCACAACAUCAGAUCCAAUCUCUUCAAAUUCAUACAAUGUUACAGGAUUAACAACCUAUCCAAAUAAAAGUUUUAUCAAUUAUCAAAUAGAUCGUUUGAAACAAUUGACAGAUGAUAAACCUCUAGCUAAAGCAGUAAGUCUAGAAGACGUUGGUCAUCAGUUAGCUAUGACAUUGGCUAUGCAAUCACAGUUGAUAACGAUGAAAAGAGAAUUGUCCACACUUGGAUAUAAAUGUGGAAUGUCUUCAGUGGAAAUCGAUUAUGUUUCACAAGAAGGUGAUAAAAGCUCUGAUAAUAAAGGAAAUAGUUCAGAUCAAACUUUGGUGAAAUUGUUAGCUAAACAUGUGCAAAAUGCAAUCGAUAUAGAAAACAGAAAGCUUGAAUGUCACACUGAACAACUACGUGAAUUACGAACAAAAUGGGAGCAGUAUGUUAAAGAACGUGAUAUAUUUGGCCGUUGGUUAUCUGAACGUCAAACAGCUUGUCAUCAUUUAUUAGAAUUGAGAUCAAGAUCAACACAACCAGAUGAUGAAGAGAGUAGAGCACUUGAAGAUUUUUUAAAUACAUUAAAAGAUAAAGAAAAACAAAUCAAUCAACUAAUCAAUAUAUAUCAAGAACUUAUACAACAUAAUUCACAAAUUACUGAUCCAUUAUUAGAUAGAUUAAAUACAGAAUUUAAAAAUUUAUUAAAUCAAACAAUAACAAGAAUAAAACGAGUAGAAAAAGAAAAACAUGAAAGAAAACCCGUGGAAGAAUCACAUUCAGAAUAUCGUGGUAAAAUACCAAUUUUACCAGAGAAAGCGGAAGCACUUGUUCAUAGUUCAGCUAAAACAUUGAAGCAUACAAAAUUACUUAAUGAAUUGGCCAAAUCAGUAAAUCAGUUGAAAAAUGAAGUUUACACUAGUGAAGUUGAUGCUCAAAGAAAUUAUUUGGUUGGUCAAAGAGAUUAUUCUAUUCAUUCAAAUACAAUUACUUCUUCUUCUUCUAAUCAAUUAUCAAAUAACAAUUUACAACAAAGAAUAUCAACUGAAUCAAUUCGAAGAAAUUUACCUUCAUCUAAUUAUUAUCCAAUAAUUCAAUUAAAUAAACAAUCAAUUAUCAAUAAAUAUCAUAAAUCUUCAUUUGAUGAUAUACCAAAUUGGUGUAAUGAUGAUAUGAAAAUUUCAUCUUAUUCAUGUGAUAAUAAACAACCAAUUGAUUUAAUAUCAUCUCAUUAUUUUAAAAAUGAUUUAUCACAGUAUACAACAUCUAAACCUUGUAUACAUUUACCAUUGAAAGAUGAAUCACACAAUGAACAGUAAGUUCUUUUGAGAUAAUGGAGAAGACUUAUAUUUUAGGUAGAUGAUGUUGAUGGAGUUUUGUUCUUUGAGUUGAAUGGUUUGGUCAUGGAAUUUUCAUCGUUACUCUAAUCGACAUCAUCAACAAACCAAAAGAUGAAAAAAACAAAACAAAAGAAGACAAACAAACCAUUAUUUACAAAAUAAAUUGUGACAACUGAGAAAAACACUACGUCGGACAGAGCGGAUGCCAUCUUCAUCUUAACUUGUAUGAACAUAAAUUGGCAGUCAAACGUUAUGACAUUUUCUCACUUAUAUCAAUGCAUGUGAACAAUUGCGGACAUACAUUUGAUUGGAAAAAUGUGGAAAUUUUGGAUAGAGAAAAUUUCAAAAACAUCAGAGAAUUUUUAGAAGCUUGGCACUCAGACCAAUCAGCAAUCAACAAGUACAUUGAAAUUAAUUCAAUUUGCCAAGCAGUCAGGAAAAUUAUGCACAAACACAGGAACAAAAAUCAAACCAAUGGAAGAUACAAUCAAAACAAAGAAGUAAACAAUGACAGGUUUAAAGUCAACAAGAACCAAUCAACAUCGAAGUGUACAGGAUCAGCUGUAAACCAAAUGUAGAGAAAUUCGAACGCUUCACUUCUAUCCGAAGUUUGUGCUGAUGAUGUCGUUCAGAAGAAUGAUGAAAGGUCCACAACCAAACCAUCCAGCUCAAAGAACAAAACUCCAUCAAAGAAAAGAUUAAAUACAUCACCUUAUUCAUCAUCAUACAAGAGUUCAAUUCCAAAACCAGAUACCUUUAUGAAAUCUCGCAGUUCCAAAAAAACUAAUUUAACUCCGUCUCAUGCAAGUAGACCUAUUUCAAAAAACACCAAUGUACCAUCUGAUACUAGACAAAGAAUGAUCUCCCAAACACAAUCACUAAAUAAUAAAUCUACACAAAUGACAACUUCCAGUUUAAAUGAUAACACUUCCUUGUUAAGGACCAAAAAUGUUGCGGAAAAAUUAAAUACUAACCCAGAUAACAAAUCAUAUCCAAUUUACUGAUAUAUAAAUAAAUUUCGUUGGUAGUUACACAUAUCAAUUAAUUGAAUAUUCACUGUUUGAAUAUAUUUUUAAUAUAUUUCUAUACAUAUAUAUAUAUAAGGAGAAUGCUCCAGUAAAGCUGAAUAUGCUUCCAUUAUUACUAUUUCUUCAUUUCAUAUGACUCAAGAGAAGAAAAAGAAGAAAAACUAUAUUGGAAUUUAUUUUUCAAAAGUUUUCUAACAAAUAAAUAAAUUACAUGUAUAACAACAAAUAGAUAAAUGAAUGUUUAUUAUUACCUCACUAUUAUUCUAUAUAUAAUCAUUAUUAAAAUGUAUACUUGAUUAAUUAGCUUAGUGACUGAUUUAUAUUCAAAAUCCUUUUCUUUUUACAGUCAAUAAUCAAACAAUAAUAUACACCCACACACACACAUCCGCCCCCACUACAUGUGAAUCUUUUUUUUACAUAUUAGAAAAGAGUGAUAAAAUAGUUGGAAAAAAAAGUAUUUUCCCCCCUCUCUAUCGUUCUGUUUUUUCUUCUUUUUAUUAUUAUUUUAAUUAAACAAAAUAAUAAACAAUAUUAAAACUGAAUAUAAAUUUUAAAAAAAUAAAAUAAAGUAUUAUUUUUUUAACUAUUCAAUUCUAUCAUUAAAAUUGAAUUAAACUUC